AAAUACCACCCACACACUUUUUAGUGGACUUAUUGGACAUUGUUCUUGAUAAUAAUUAUUUUAGAUUUGAUUCUAAAUAUUAUUUACAAAUUUGGGGGAUAGCUAUGGGGAGUUCGCUUGCGCCAUCUGCGGCCAAUCUCUUUGUAUCUCAUUUGGAAACAAUCUUCAUAUUCAAUAAGAUCCAUAACCCAUACCUAACAGAUAUGUUAUAUUAUGGGAGAUUUUUAGAUGACAUAUUCACAAUAUUUAAUUCUUACGAGAAAGCACAGUCAUUUAGUGACUGGAUCAAUACCAUCCAUCCAAAUAUGAAAUUUACAAGUACUAUAAGUUCAACCAAUAUUAACUUUCUGAAUGUGGUAGUUCACAAGGAUGGAAAUGGCUUAUAUGUAACUAACUAUACUAAACCAACAGACAAAAAUUCAAUCCUACAUUUCAAAAGUUUCCAUCACCAUUCUCUAAAAUCAAACUUACCAUAUUCCCAAUUGCUUCGACUAAAACGUAAUAAUAGUAAACCAAAAGAUUUUUUGACGGCAGCACACACCUUUAAGAACAAACUUAAGAUAAGAGGAUACCCAGAAAAAAUUCUUAAUACAGCAUUAGAAAAAACAAACCAAGUUAACAGGGACACAUUACUUAAAUACCAAUCUAAAACACAACCCAACAGAAUUAUUUGCCCCCUCACCUUAACCACACAGACAUCAAAUAUACAAAAAAUAAUCUUUAAACACUGGCAUUUACUACAGGACAUCCCUGGUUGUCAAUCUAAACCAAUCAUAGCACAUAAAAGAUCUAGAAAUUUCAGGGAUAUUUUGAUCCACUCAGAUAUCAGAAAAUCCAGUAUAGUUCCACGAAACCCAACCACCAGUAACUUUAAAUGUGGUCAUUGUGAUUGCUGUAAGUUUACAAACAAUGUCAAAGAAUUCAUACAUCCCACAUUAAAUAUGAAAAUUAAAUUAAAAAACUAUACCACCUGUUCAUCUGAGAAUGUGAUCUAUGUACUCUCAUGUCCUUGUAAUAAAUUAUAUGUUGGCAUGACAACCAGAGCCAUAAGGAUUAGAAUACAGGAACACAGAUCACGAAUUAAAAAGGAAACACAGAAUCCACACUACACUUACACUUUAAAGACAACACUCAUUCCUGUAAUGACCUUGCCUUAGAAAAACUACAGACUCCAAUUAACACUGACAUCAAGAAGUUACUCCUCUGCAGGGAGGCUUUUUGGAUCCACAAAUUGAAGACCUUAACCCCACAAGGCCUAAACGAUAGGCUAGAUCUCACCUGCUUCUUAUAAUGGGAUAAAAAAAUACUUAAGUCUUUACAGAACUACUGCUGAAUGCUCGCAACCUGAGGUAGAAUACUACAUGUAAGGAUCCUCCAAGGACAUAAAUAAGACAGCAGAGCAGCAAACAGAGGGAACUCCAGGAUUACCUGAAGAAGGUCUACCUGAAGAAGGUCACCGAAACUGGAUGCAUACCCGGGAGACCAGUCGUUACUAUUGACAUGGAACUUCGUUGCUAUUGAUAUGGAACUUUGAUUUACUUUGAAUGAUCGAAUUUGAAGAAGAGUACUACAAACCUUGAGAACACUAUCAAGAUUGUAUUUGUUAAAAUUGGACAUUGAAAUAUGUACUUAUCUGUACAGUUGGAAUAUAUAAAUUGAUAUUACAGUCAUAAUAUAUGUGACUAUAUCACUUGAGGAAAUAUAGAACUAUAACUUACUUUAAAGUACAAUAUAUACCAUACUUUUCCUUUUUUCCUUUUUACUGUAUAUAAUAGACAUCUGUGCAUAUAGUAGUAGUUUCCAACAAACCUUACAACCUCCUAGGAUGCCUGCCACAGAUGUGGGAGAAACGACAGGAGAGAAAGCUUCUGGAACAUGGCCAUACAACUCGAAAGACUCACAGCAACUCACUGCAUUUUG